AUGGUAUUCGCACGUCGUUCUCUCCGCGGCGUCGCUACGGCCGCCCGGUCUUUCCGUGCUGUUCCUGUUAGCCGUCCUUCGGGACAGGUACUUGGACGUCGGUUUUACGCCAGUGGGAAGGGCUAUGAGGAGCAUGCCUCCAGCGAUUUACCCUGGCUGGCCGCUUCCUUGGGUGUCACAAUUCCCAUGAUUUACUUCCUGCUUCCUGCUGCGUCCGAGAAGGACUCACAUGGUCAAGGCCAUGGUCACGGUCACGAUGAUCACGGAGAUGAACACAAGGGCGAGGAUGCGGAGAAGGAAUCUACUCCUGAGGCUGAAUCGGAGGAGGCUGGUACACCUACGGAGACCCAAGCUGCCCCUGCUGAAACUGAAGACAAGCCGACCACUGAAUCCAAGCAAUCUGACGAGUCCAAGGCUACCCCCGCUCCAGCCGAAAAGGAGGGCAAGAAGGCGGAAUCAGAGCAAAAGACCCAAGAAUCUUCCGAGAAGCCGCAGAAAGAUGAUACCCAGCAGUCAAAGGAGACAUCUGAGUCUGGAAAUGACGAGGCCAACGCCAAGGAGACCAGUGCUCAUCAAGACAAGUCUGAGGAGGACGCAAAGCCCGCCGAUGAGUCUGAUAAGAAGGAGAAGAAAGGCGAAUCCGAGCCAGCCAAGGCUGAAUCGCAGGAGUAA